CCUUCCUCGUCACCCCACAAUCCCAACUUCAACUAGCAAGCAUCUAGCGUCCAACAGCACACACUCGCAAACCACAAAGCCACAAAUACCACCAAAAUGGCUCCUGACUACGUCAGGGUCUAUAACAAAGCUAGACCCGACGGCCGGGUAUUCACCAUCGAGUGGUCGGCUGCCGAACACAUGGCCAUUUUCCGCGAUCUCAUCUUGAACUUCAGCGAAAAGCAGCUGGCGGAGGAGGCGAUUCCUAUCACGCACGAGCAGGUCAGCGACGACACCCUGGCCAAGAUGCUCGAGUGGGCUGUCGAGCACAAGGACGUGCCCAAGCCGUCGGACGACGAGCCGCAUAUACGCGACAGCGGCAUGAUUACGCCGACCGACUGGGAAAACAAGUACUUCGACGACAUCUCAGAGCAGAUUCUGUUCGAGCUGCUCCUUUUGACCGAUUACUUGGAGGUCAAGCGGCUCUAUGAGCUGGCCUGCCGGAUAGUCGGGGCCAUGACUCGGGGCAAGACGGCCAAGGAGAUCCGCGAGAUCUUCAACAUUGAGAAUGACUUUGGCCCCGAGGAGAGUGAGAUGAUCCGCAAGGAGACCGAAUUCGCGUAUGAGAGGGAUGCGGAAGAGAAUGCGUCGUAAGUUUGUGAUUUUUGACGCGCAACCUGAACCUCUUUAGGCCACUCAGACCGUACUGUAUUUAUAAGUCGGCUACGAGUGCUUGAUCAAGCUGGUAUCAACAGUAAUACCUUCCAUGGUAUGAGACUGUAAAUUGAUCCCCAAAUUACAAUAAAUAAAC